ACCUGGAGGAAGUCAGAGACGGAAACUACCAGCCUGAAGAGAGCAAAGAAUCAAACCAAAGGUUACAGGAGAGAAAACAAAGGGGGAUUGGGAUCGGAUCGUCCUGCUCAGUGUGAGGUGUUUGUUUGUGCUUCAGUCAGUUUGGGAUUUUAGAGAUUCUUUGGAAACUUUGGUAGAUGUUUUAGAGUUUGUUCUCCCACCUCUUGGCAUUACAAAGGUGUGAGUGAGAGAAGUGGGACGGUCAGAGUGAUAGGAGGAGCUGCAGGCUUUCUCCAUGUAGAGACUCCACCUCUGGUCAUAUGGUAAAUACAGGGUCACAUGGGGCAGCCGUCUUGGAGCAGUGGGGGGAAAAGGGAGGGAAAGUAACAAGGAGAGACACACUGCAGGAAUUUGGCCUGCCCCAUGUGCAGGAGGCGGCACUCUCACCCUGAGUUAAGAGGACGCUGACUCACACAACAAAGAAGAGAGACACAAAGAGAGAAGCAGUAGGUGACAUGUUGUGGCCAAAAAGGAAUCUUUAGCUUCUCUCACUGCGGCCUUUUACACUUCAGCUUGACCUCCUUUGGAUUUCUCUUCCCUGUUGUGGGGUGAAAGUUCAACAACCAGCAACUUCCUGUAUGUCGUCACUGGAUAGUUCUUCAUACUUUUAACACACAACUGAAGACUCAAGAUGCCCACAAACUUCACUGUGGUGCCGGUGGACGAUGCAGGGGACGCGGGGAACAGUGCAGCCGCGGCCGAAGAAGGCAAACCUGCCAGUUUGGGAAACAUCUUUCAGGAGGAAGCAGAAGAAGAAAACGUUCAAGGGCUCAACUCAGGAGACGAGGUUCAGGGAGAGUCCAGUCCAUUCAUCAACUCGGACAGUGACGGAGAUUAUUAUUAUGAAGGCAAGAACAUGGCCCUGUUUGAGGAGGAAAUGGACAGCACCCCUAUGGUUUCAUCUCUCCUCAACAAGCUGGCUAACUACACCAACCUGACGCAGGGCGUCCGUGAGCACGAGGAGGCCGAGUAUGAGGACGGGAUCCAGAGGGUCGCUGUCAGGGUCCCUCAGAUGGGCACCUUCAUUGGAGUCUACCUGCCCUGCAUGCAGAACAUCCUGGGUGUCAUUCUCUUCUUGCGUCUCACCUGGAUCGUCGGCACAGCGGGGAUCCUCGGGUCCUUCGCCAUCGUGUCCAUGUGCUGCAUCUGCACUUUGCUCACGGCCAUAUCAAUGAGCGCUAUCGCUACUAACGGAGUUGUCCCAGCUGGUGGCUCGUACUACAUGAUCUCCAGAUCUCUGGGUCCAGAGUUUGGAGGGGCGGUGGGUCUCUGCUUCUACCUGGGGACCACCUUCGCUGGAUCCCUGUACAUCCUGGGCACCAUGGAGAUCCUGCUGUUGUACAUCGUUCCCACAGCAACGGUGUUCAAAGGCGAAGACGAGGCGAGGCUCAAUAACAUGCGAGUGUAUGGGACAUGCUGCCUGCUCCUGAUGGCUCUGGUGGUGUUUGUCGGUGUGAAGUAUGUGAACAAACUGUCUCUGGUGUUUCUGUCCUGUGUGUUUCUGUCCAUCAUGGCAACGUACGCAGGGGUCAUCAAGACGGUCAUCGAACCCCCGGAGUUUAGUGUCUGUCUGUUGGGAAACAGAUCUCUGAGGAAUGACAAGUUCGGGAUAUGUGCAAAGACAGAGGAGAACAACACUCUGACCACCGAGCUGUGGAGCAUCUUCUGUGACAGUGAAUAUCCAAACGCAACCUGUGACCCAUUCUUCACCACCAACAACCUGACAGAGAUCAGGGCCAUACCUGGGCUCCUGAGCGGAGUCAUCAAAGAUAACCUGUGGGGCGAGUAUGCUCCGGCUGGUGAGCCAAUAGAGAAGAAGAGCCUGGUUUCAGAACAGGACCCGGACACGCCCACAGACCCAUCCAAACCCUACGUCUUCAAUGACAUCGCCACCUACUUCACCCUGCUGGUGGGAAUAUAUUUCCCCUCUGUCACAGGUAUAAUGGCCGGUUCUAAUAGGUCUGGUGACCUUAGAGAUGCUCAGAGGUCCAUUCCCAUAGGAACCAUCAUGGCCAUUGUCACCACCUCGAUCAUCUACAUGUCUUGUGUGGUUUUGUUUGGAGCCUGUAUUGAAGGAGUUGUGCUGAGAGACAAGUUUGGUUUCUCUGUGAAGAAGACCCCCGUCAUUGGUGUUCUCGCCUGGCCGUCACCCUGGGUGAUUGUGAUUGGCUCGUUUUUCUCCUGCUGUGGGGCGGGGCUUCAGAGCCUCACCGGCGCCGCCCGGCUGUUGCAGGCAAUCGCUCGAGACGGCAUCAUCCCGUUCUUACAGGUCUUCGGUCAUGGGAAGGCUAACGGUGAGCCGACCUGGGCUCUGCUGCUGACUGUAGGUAUCUGUGAGAUAGGAAUCCUCAUCGCUUCUCUGGAUGCUGUGGCCCCCAUCCUCUCCAUGUUCUUCCUCAUGUGCUACCUGUUUGUGAACCUGGCCUGUGCUGUUCAGACUCUGCUCCGAACCCCCAACUGGAGACCUCGUUUCAAAUUCUAUCACUGGACUUUAUCCUUCUUGGGGAUGAGUCUGUGUCUCUCUCUUAUGUUCAUCUCCUCCUGGUACUACGCCCUGGUUCCCAUGGUGAUAGCCGGAUGUAUCUACAAGUACAUUGAGUACAGAGGGGCCGUGAAGGAAUGGGGAGAUGGGAUCAGAGGAUUGUCCUUAAAUGCUGCACGCUAUGCUCUCAUCAGGCUCGAGGAAGUACCGCUACACACCAAGAACUGGAGGCCUCAGCUUCUGGUGUUUUGUAAGCUGAACUCAGACCUAGCGGUCAAACACCCUCGUCUCCUCUCCUUCACCACGCAGCUCAAAGCAGGAAAUGGACUGACGAUAAUCUGUUCAGUGUUAGAGGGGACCUACAUGACCCGAGAGAAAGAUGCAAAGACUGGAGAGCAGAGCUUGAAAGCUGCCAUGGUAGCAGAGCGAACGAAGGGUUUCUCCCAUAUAGUGGUGUCGUCCGACCUGCGAGAUGGUUUCUCCCUGCUCAUCCAGUCAGCCGGCCUGGGAGGAAUGAAGCACAACACCGUCCUGAUGGCCUGGCCAGCAGGUUGGAAACAAGCCGGGGACUGCUCUGCAAGAAGGAACUUCAUAGAGACGGUGAGAGAGACGACUGCGGCUCAUCAGGCUCUGCUGGUCGCUAAGAACAUCGACCAUUUCCCCAGUAACCAGGAGCGUCUGAAGGAGGGAACCAUCGACGUGUGGUGGAUCGUACACGAUGGUGGACUGCUCAUGCUGCUGCCAUUUCUGCUCAGUCAGCACAAGGUGUGGAGGAAGUGUAAAAUGAGAAUCUUCACGGUGGCCCAGAUGGACGACAACUCCAUCCAGAUGAAGAAAGACCUCCAGAUGUUUCUCUACCAUCUACGCCUGGACGCACAGGUGGAGGUCGUGGAGAUGCACGACAGCGACAUCUCAGCCUUCACGUAUGAGAAGACGUUAAUGAUGGAGCAGAGGUCGCAGAUGCUCAAACAGAUGCAGCUGUCCCGCACGGAGAGGGAGAGAGAGAUUCAGAGCAUCACAGACGUAUCACGCAGCUCCAUUAAGAGGAAGAAGUCGUCCAGACUCGGCGCCCCUUCCCUCAACACCCCAUGCAUACCAGAGGAAGAGGCCCAGCUGAUCCACGACAGAAACACGGCAUCUCAUUCUACAAACGAAAAGGCUGCAGGUGCCCCACCUGACAAAGUGCACAUGACAUGGACCAAAGAAAAACUGAUUCACGAGAAGAACAAACACAGAGAAGGCAUGGGGGUUAAAGACAUGUUCAAUAUGAAACCUGAGUGGGAGAACCUUAACCAGUCCAACGUGCGGAGGAUGCACACGGCCGUCAAGCUGAACGAAGUGGUGGUCAAGAAUUCACAGAAUUCACAGCUGGUCCUGCUCAACAUGCCAGGCCCUCCGAGCAACAAGAAAGGACAUGAGAACUACAUGGAGUUCCUGGAGGUCUUGAUGGAAGGCCUGGACCGCGUCCUGUUGGUCCGUGGAGGAGGACGGGAGGUCAUCACCAUCUACUCCUAGCACCGUUGGGUCCUAAAGUAUUUUUCAAGAACACUGGAAGGGAACAUUGUUGUCCUGAGGGGGGUGGCUUUUGGGGACUUGGAUAAAGUUGACAGACAGAGCAAGUACUCCAAACCCCCUCUUACACUCUCAGGAGCAAAAAAAGCAACUUCCAUUUUUGAGGAUGAUGCUCACAAAGGAGUUAUAGGAAGGACAAAGGAGUUACCUGCAGCAGAGCCUGGUGCAUGUUGUGGUGGCGCGGAGGUCUUCUCUACAGCCGUCCUGCAGGGUCCCCUCCACCACACUUUAUGAACUGUGUAGCACUAAAACAUAAACUGUGUUUUUAAAUAGAGAUGUCUUUUUAAUUCUGCAUACUGUACAGCUUCUCCGGAAAGAAGCUCCACUGAGGAAACGCUAUCAUUGCUGACAGUGCCAUUUUAUAUUUCAAUGCCAUCGAUGAAUGAGACGCACAGACGUUGGAAUCCUGGGAUGAAUUAGGCAGACGAUCAUUCUUGAGUCAUAUCAGCCAAAGUUUCUGUUCAGAAUGAGGGCACGCUGUCAAACAUUGUGAACUACAGAUAGUCUUUGACGUAUUUAUAUCAAUUGUUUCUGAUUUAUGAGAUAAUGUUAGUAUGAUCACAAUGAAGAGAUACUGGAAGAUUUUUAAUACAACCUAAAUGAUUUUAGCAUUAUAGUAAAUGUAAGUUUUGUCUCUGAUUUAUUCCCAUUUGAAUUUGUGUGAUUAAGCGAUAAGUUUGGUGCAUGUGUGAUCUCCAUCCUUAACCUGCUGCUGUUUAAUAAUGAGGAGAACUGAGCAACUUUGAUGUUUAGUAGUGUUUUAUUUUCAUAUUUUUUUAAACGUUUAUUUUUGUGAUUGUUUAUGCCUUUAUUGUAGAGAUAGGACAGUGGAUAGAGUCAGAAAUCAGGGAGAUAGAGAAUGUGCAAUGAUAUGGGGGAAAGGAGCCACAGGUCGGAUUCAAAGCCUGGCCACCCGCCUGGGGAGGACUACAUCCUCCACACAUGGACCAGCACACCAACCACCAGACCACAAGCGCCCUUUAAUAUUUUCCAGCGUACAUAGUUAUGUUCACAGUGUUGUGUAUAUGUUUAAGAAAAAUAAGAGACACACAUAUUAAAGAAAAACAAACACAA